CCACCAUGAAAUUCGACCCAUUCGAAGUAUCCGUAGCCCAUAUCGCCUACUCCCUCCUGGGAGGUUUCGUCGUCAUAUUCGGCAUGUUCUCUCUCUGGCUCAAAGCACGCCUCUACAUAUCAGAAGCAGUAUGGGCAACCUUGUUUGGAAUAAUCGUCGGUCCUUACUGUGCGGGCAUAUUUGACCCCAGGUCAUGGGCGGGAAGCACGGAUGAGCAGGGGAUCGAAGUCACGAAUACUGUCACGCUCGAAGUCAUGCGUGUCGUACUCGCAAUCGGAGUGUUCGCAAUCGGCGUCGAACUCCCCAAAGCUUACCUAUGGCGACACGUCCGCUCCGUCCUCCUCAUCCUAUUCCCCGUCAUGGCCUGGGGCUGGAUCGUCUGCGCCGGGCUCAUAUACGGCCUCGUACCGGGCCUCGACUUCCUCUCUUCUCUCAUAAUCGCUGCCUGUCUCACCCCGACCGAUCCCAUCCUCGCCUCUGCCGUCGUAGGCGGGAAAUGGGCAGACAAGCACGUUCCAGCCCAUUUGCGCCAUCUGCUUGCCGCAGAGAGUGCGGUCAACGACGGCCUCGCAUUCCCCUUUCUCUACCUAGGCAUGUACCUUUUCCUCGAGACAAACGCUCGCACCGCUGUGGGGGAAUGGAUCUACUGGACGAUCCUGUACGAAGUCACGCUAGGGUGCGUGAUGGGCACCGUGCUCGGAGUGGGAUUUCGCCACCUGAUGCAGUUCUGCGAGCGGAAGGACCUCAUCGACCGAACUUCCUACCUCGCGCAAUACGUCUCCCUCGCUCUGCUCGCUAUAGGCGUCACGACCCUGUUAGGGACGGACGACCUCCUCUGUGCAUUCUUCGCCGGCACGGGCUUUGGCUGGAACGGAUUCUUCCAGAAACAGACAGAGGACAGUAUGUUCUCCAACGCCAUGGACUUGCUCUUCAACGUCGCCGCGUUCAUCUACAUCGGCGCUUGGCUCCCCUUUUCCUCGUACGCGGACACCCGCCUCACCCUCUCCGUAUGGAGACUCGUCGUCCUCGGCAUCCUCGUCAUCCUCGUCCGCAGGAUCCCGAUCUGUCUAGCGAUAUACACCUGGAUCCCGGAUAUAAAGACUUUCCGGGAAGCGCUCUUUACGGGACACUUUGGACCUAUGGGCGUAGGCGCGAUCUUCAUCUCCACCUUGGCGGCAACCCAGCUCCCAUCAAAAGGCGCUCUAGGUACACCUCCUUAUACUCAGGAACAGCUCCUCUCAGGGUCGAUACAGCCUAUUGUGAGCUUUAUAGUACUCUGCUCUGUCCUCUCCCAUGGGCUGUCAGUACCUGCGUUCAGCCUGAGCAAACGCGUUCACUCGCUGAGCAUGACUGCGCAUACCCGGAGCUGGAGUCGGCAGGCCUCUAGGGAAACAGGCCAUCGGGAGCCGGAGUGGGCGACCCAGGCCCGGAGAGUUCACAGGCCGGAAGACGUCGUCAUUAACCGUGACGUGGAUUUGGAAAAGGGAGCGCUGGGGUUAGGCCUUGGGGUGAGGAUGGAGGGGCUGGGGGAGGGGGAAGAGGAAGUGGGAGCGAUGGAUAGGGAGAACGAGAGGCCUAAAGGACCGGAAGGGGUGCAUAGGGAGGGAGGGACGGAGGAGGUGGGCGUGGAGCGGGAUACGGCUGGAGGGGGGUUGGAUAUGCGCGGGGAGGGGGAAGGGGGAGGCAGCCCGUGCAGUGGCGCCCCUGCGAGUGGGAGUGCGGCGGGGAGUGGGAGCGGGGCACUGGAGGACCAGAGACCGGCGGUGAGCACGUGGAAACAGGGGAACUACAUGGUUCUGGAACGCGAUCCGGGGCAUGGGGCUGAUGUCGAAGUGGAAGUCGUCAGACGAUCAAUCGUACCCGCUAUCGAAGGCCGGCAGACGUUCACCGCUCGGACGCUAGAAGAAGCCCGAGCCCUAGGCAGGGAAUACGUCGUCAAGCUCGAGCAGAAGGCGCGGCAGAUUCGCGCCGAGCUCUUGAGGGAAGGGAAGAUCACUUUGCGGCAGAGUACGACCAAGGCCCGGUGGGGGGAGCAGACGAUUAGGAGACUGAGUGGGUUGGAAGUCGGUUCGGUCGAUUCGGUCGGUGAGGGGGGUGAGGUGGGUGAGGUGGGUGAGGUUGGGAGCUUGUUGCGCACUGGGCCAGGGGGUGGGGCAGGCGCAGGCGCAGGAGUCAAACCGGAGGCUGUGGCGGGUCCGAGUGGGACGAUACAUGAGCUUGGACAUGGUUUGCCUGUGACUGGGGAUGGGAAGUACACGGAGGAUUCAGAGGACCCGCCCGAGGAACAGGAGGACGAUGCCUGGAGGGACGAAGGUGAUCCCGAAGUGUCACCCGACCUUCCCGCCGGGGAGCCGCUGGACGAUAUCUGCCUGACAGAAGCAGCACUCGCGCAUCCUCUCCCCGCUCGCCGGCAGCUCCAGUUCCGCGAACCGGCGUCCAACGACCACCGACCGCCCGCGCAUGAGCCUGAACCUACGUCCCCCGAUACGCCUGUCCGGGAGAGUCAUUAUCCGCACCAUCAUAGUCGGUUUAUACGCAACGCGAAGCGGGCGAUCGUGCAUGCUGCGCAUGCACCGGGGAAGAGGAGGGAGGCGCGCCGUACCCUUCUGGCGGGGAGGAAGAACAAGAGUGCCUCCCCGCCUGCGCCUGCUGGGGAGCCGAUUUCUUCUAGCACGGCGCAGGCGCAUCAGAGGAGCGGUCAUGUGCAUCAUCAUCAACAUCAUCCCCCACGGCCAAUAUUGACAAGCGCGACUUCUACGUCUGAUUUCCCUGAUUCAUCCACUCCGAACACGAACACCACUGUUUCCCUACCUGGCACGUCUGUGCCUUAUCGCCUGCGCUCGCCCAGCCCGACGAGGGGAAGCAGAGGCUCAAGUCCAGCAAGGAGCGUUCGUUGGUCAGACUCGGUCAACCGGAGCGUGAACGGGAAUGGGAAUGGAAAUGCGAACGGAGUGGACGUCCUCAGCCCCCAGCCUCAGCCGGUUAGCGCACCGGCAUUUACGACGGGGUUUAACUCUGGAACAAAGAUGGACGCCGAGGGUCCGGGGAGCAGUUCUCCCAGUCCGGGGGAGAAUGCGAACACCGCCAGCACGAUCAGUACGAGCACUGCGCCGCCUUCUGGGGCACGGGUGAGGUUCGACACAUCUCAGGCUGUUACACGUUGAGCUUGUUUAAUUUCUUGAAACGCUUAGAACUUCAAUCUUGUACUGCUGGGACCGGGCACUGGUUGCAACUUCUUCUUUUUGUUUAGUUUAUACUCUUAUACCUUGAAUG